AUGCCCGUUGUUAAGGGCGGCGUUUGGACUAAUGUCGAAGACGAGAUCCUCAAAGCUUCCGUCUCUAAAUAUGGUCUAAACCAAUGGCAACGCGUCUCCUCGCUGCUCGCGCGGAAAUCCGCCAAACAAUGCAAAGCCCGUUGGGCAGAAUGGCUCGACCCAAGCAUCCGCAAGGUCGAAUGGUCCCGUGAUGAGGAUGAGAAGCUUCUUCAUUUGGCAAAGCUCAUGCCGACACAAUGGAGGACUAUCGCGCCAAUUGUGGGAAGGACGGCGACUCAGUGCUUGGAUAGGUAUCAGAAGCUUUUGGACGAGGCGGAAGCUAGGGAAAGCACAGAAUUAGGACUGGCGGGGCCAGAAGGUGGAGAGGCGAGCGCGCCGAGUGCAGAUGAUAUUAGGAGGUUUAGACCGGGGGAGACUGACCCUGACCCCGAGACGAAGCCUGCGAGACCUGAUGCUGUGGACAUGGACGAGGACGAAAAGGAGAUGUUGAGUGAGGCACGUGCUCGUCUCGCUAACACACAGGGUAAAAAGGCGAAACGUAAAGCCCGUGAGCGGCAACUUGAGGACUCACGGCGUCUGGCUGUCCUCCAGAAGCGCCGAGAACUUAAACAUGCCGGUAUUAAUAUCAAGCUCACUCAUCGCCGCAAAGGUGAAAUGGACUAUAAUGCGGACAUCCCAUUCGAGAAGCAGCCAGCGUUGGGAUUCUAUGACAUUGGUGAAGAAGAGGCAAGAAACGAGAGGCAGCGCGCAAACAUCGACCCCCGAAAGGCACUGUCACAUACAAAGCGUAAGGGCGAUCAAGACGAGGAAGCUGAGCGGGGCAAAAGAAGAAAAGGAGGUGAUAAGGACAAGAAUGGCGCUGCGGCGGCAUUCGCAUCCGCAGCAAAGGCUGGACAAUUGCAGAAGAUUAGGCAGGCAGAGCAGCUCAGCAAGCGCAGACAGCUUGUGUUGCCGUCGCCACAGGUCGGAGAAGCAGAGCUGGAGGAAAUUGUCAAGAUGGGAAUGACCGGCGAGGAUGCGAACAAGAUCGCAGGCGCGAGCGAGAAUGAGUCUACAAAGGGUUUGGUAGGAAACUACACUAGUAUCAAUGCCGGACAGCCAAUUCGGACUCCUCGAGCACCUCCAACGGAGGACCGUGUUGCCAAUGAGAUCAAGAAUAUCCGCGCCCUGACAGAAACACAAUCCUCGCUUCUUGGAGGAGAAAAUACCCCACUACAUGAAGCAGGUACAACAGGUUUUGAUGGAAUUGCCCCAAGAAAAAUGGUCGUUUCUACACCCAACCCUCUUGCGACACCGUUCCGCCAGGGCGGAGGAGUUGGAGCUACGCCAAUGAAAAUUGGGCAGACGCCUUUAAGAACGCCGAGAGAUUCAUUGGCUAUAAACAAUGGAGCCUAUACAGGAGCUAUGGUCUCAAUGACACCAAGGGACCAGAAGCUACAGCAGCAGUCUUUGAAGGAGCGGCUGAAGUCUGGUUUUGCGUCCCUACCCAAACCAAAAGAUAUUGAGCUCGAGGAACCUGAAGAGCCUGAAGAUGCAGACAUGGAGGCCGGCCCCGCCAUUGUAAUUGACCAGGAAGAGAUCGACCGCCGCAUGCGCGAAAAGCGCCAAGCAGAGUUCGAGGCCGAGCAAAAACGCCGUACCCAAGUUCUCCAACGAUCGCUCCCUCGCCCAUCAACGCUAGACAUCGACGCUCUAGUCAACCGAGCACAUAACGAAAGUGAUGCAAUUAGAGCUAUGGUAUCACGAGAGAUGGCGACCUUGAUCGGCUCAGAUGCACUAAAAUACCCAAUUAAAGGCGGGAAAGUCAGUGGGUCACCAGGGCGUUUCGAGAAGUUUGAAGAUGAUCUUUUAGAGCGAGCAAAAAUGGAGGUGUUGAUGGAGUUGCCAGAGGAGGUUGCGAAGCAGGCUGGUAGUGAGUUUGAGGAGGCUUGGCAGAACGUUCAUGGGGCGCAAAGGAAUAUAUUACCAGGGUUGGAGGAGUAUGGGAGGGAUAGUGUGGAUCGCAUACAGUUGAUAGUGCAGGCCUUCGACUCCGCACAAGACAAGCUCACCAAAGAUGCCAUCCAAGGCAAUAAACUUGAGAAGAAACUAGGCCUCCAUCUUGGCGGUUACCAAUCCCGUUCUAAGCUCCUCACACAAAAAAUCAUUCAAGCCUCACAAGCAAUAUCUGAAACCAAACAAGACCUUGAGUCGUUUAGAACUCUGCGGAUUAGCGAAUCUGAUGCAAUCCCAAGGAGACUAGAGGCGAUUAGAACCGAGGUUGCAUUCUUGGACAAGAGGCAGAGGGAGGCGCAGGAGAUCUAUAGGGCUAGGAGAGAAGAGCUGGAAGCUUUGUAG